CUUUGUCUGACCCCGACCUUCCAUUUUGUUUCUGACAUAACUACAUCUACGAUGAACACGCCCACCUCGCUAGUGAUCGGCAUUGUGUUCGCUCCUCUGGGAUUGGUCCUGCUGUUCACAGCGGCCAUCACACCCCAGUGGCGAGAGGGUCAAGCCCGGCUGGGCGGAGCCAAUGUGGGCGCAGGUGGAGCCCGAAACGCCGAACUUCUCCUCCUCCGCUCGGACGGCCUUUGGGAGAGCUGCCUGCAGGUGGCGCACUCGGAACUCCGGGAGUGCUGGGCCGUAUCUGGGCCGUACCAAGACGACCCACACGUCCGCUCCACCAGAGAGCUGGUGCUUGCCUCGCUGUUUCUGUGCGGCACCGGGAUCCUGUUGGCGUGUGUCGGCGCCCGGUGCUGGACGGACACGCCGCUCAGGAACGUAGCCGGAGUGGGUGGACUUCUGGUGGCGCUGGCAGGCAUGCUCAGCCUGGUGGCAGUCGCCAUCUAUACACAUUACCUUCCCGACCUAGGCGUGGAGCUCGUAUCAAAUAUGGAUGACUUUCGAGGGCUUGAAGCGCACAGGCUGCCCAGUCUGACCCUGCACCCGGCUGGAUCGCUCUAUUUCGGGUGGGUUGGUGCAUGGGUGCAGACGGUUGGAGGGCUGGCAUUGUUGUACGGCGUCGGACGCCCAAAGUGCCCAGCUCGCCCUAAACAGGCGCACAUAGGAAUGGUUGAAACCCCUUACGAGGUGAGCUGCUAGACGUUGCUGUAUAACGUUGGGUCACCAAGUCUACAGAAUUAAAGCCAAGGAGGAUCAGCAAGUAUUCAAUUCAUUUCUCAAAAGAAAGGUCAAGUGAAGGCCGGGUAAUUCUUGAAUCAUAUAAGAGGGUCACAAAAGCCCAACCAGGGCAACUUGAGGAGUUCAAUAAA